AUCACCAACAGCCCAGCUGGUGAUUUGCUUGCUAAAGAAGCAGGGUAUCUUUAGAGCCGAGUUGGGUGUGAACGUAGCCAUCAAGAUCUUCUAUAAACGCGAUUCCACUUCCUUCCCCUUUUUCCCAGUUCAUGGUCUAGGAUGCUCACUGGUCCUUCUCUCUCGAAUCAAGCACCUUGCAGCCACCAUGUUUUCUCAAGCAAACAUGCCUCAAUCAGUCUCCGGAUUGUUUUCUGUCUACGCCUCCCUCGCAGCCUCCGUCAUGCUGGUUCGAUCCAUGGCUAAUGAAUUCAUCCCUUACGAGCUUCGCUCUUAUCUCUCCUCAGCCAUUCACUACCUCUUUAGUCCUCUUUCUUCUAAUCUUACCCUCGUCAUCGACGAGUAUAGCGGUAUCACCCGCAACCAAGUGUACGACGCCGCCGAAACCUACCUCCGUACUAAAAUUAGCCCCUCCACUGACAGGCUCAAAGUCAGUAAGACCCCCAGGCAGAAGAAUUUCUCUAUCGCUAUCGAAAAAGGAGAAGAAGUGAAUGAUUUUUAUGAGGAUAUGAAGCUUAAAUGGAGGUAUGUUUGCAUCGAGCCGCAAAACAACAACCACCACUAUUCAGGCGGUGGUGAAAAGAGGUGUUUUGAGUUGUCAUUCAACAAGAAAUAUAAGGACAGAGUUAUGGGUUCUUAUUUGCCUUUUGUUAUGGCUAGAGCUAAUUCCAUCAAAGAGGAAGAGAAGGUGAUCAAGCUUUAUAAUCGUGAUUGUCCAAUGGGCGAUGAUGAUGGGGGUGGUGGCAUGUGGGGUUCUAUUAAUCUUGAGCAUCCAGCUACUUUUGACACGAUGGCCAUGGAUUCCGCGUUGAAGAAGAUGAUAAUUGAUGACAUGGAGAUGUUUGUGAGGAGAAAAGAGUUUUAUAAAAAAGUGGGUAAAGCUUGGAAACGGGGGUAUUUAUUGUAUGGGCCUCCCGGGACUGGGAAAUCUAGUUUGAUUGCAGCUAUGGCUAACUAUCUCAAGUUUGAUAUCUAUGAUUUGGAGCUCACUAGUAUCUAUUCUAAUUCUGAUUUGAGAAGGAUUUUGUUGUCCACUACAAAUCGCUCUAUUUUGGUGAUUGAAGAUAUUGAUUGCAGUGUCGAGAUGCAGGAUCGGCAGCAAAAUGUAGACUUUGAAGCUCCCUGUUCCAGCUCCAGGUUGACACUCUCGGGUAUACUGAAUUUCAUUGAUGGGUUGUGGUCCAGCUGCGGUGAUGAGAGAAUCAUUAUCUUCACCACCAAUCAUAAGGAUCGGCUUGACCCUGCUCUGCUGCGUCCAGGUAGAAUGGAUGUGCAUAUUAACCUGUCUUACUGUACCACUCAAGGGUUCAAUCUUCUAGCCUCUAAUUAUCUUGGCAUUCAAUGUAAGUAUCACCGUCUCUAUGGAGAAAUUGAAGGCCUAAUUGAGAAUACCAACGUCACGCCGGCAGAGGUGGCAGAGGAGCUUAUGAAGACUGAAGAUGUUGAUAUUGCUCUUGAUGGACUUGUUAAGUUCCUUAAACGGAAAAAUAGUCAAGCCAAGGAUGAAGCAAAUGGAAAAGUUGAAGAUCAAGAAACUAAGAGGCAAAAAUUAGAUGAUGACAAAAAGAGUUUACCUAUUAAAAAUAAAAGGAGAAUUCUUCGAACUGUAAGAACUGCAAGAGGAAGAUAUAGCCUACGGUGACCACUAUUGUAAUAAAACUGUGCCAUUACAGUAAAAAGAAAUGUCCAUAUUGCUUUCUAUCAAUAGCUUCAAAACUUUUCGUCUUUAUGGUUCA